AAGAAAACCCCGAUCGGAGGGAGAUUCUGUAUCGCUCCUCUUUCGAAUUGUUUAUUGUUGUCGGAGCCGUUUGUUAAUGGCGGAAAAAUAAAAAAAGAAAGCUGAAAGAACCGCGGAAAGAAAUAAAGGGGCAUUAUUAAAGUUUUAAAAAUACCUAAUUAGCAGAGAAUCCCCAAUUUAAUUUUCUUGCCUUUAUGAUUGACGCACAUAUGUAUCCAGUUGUACAUACGUGUCAUCAAUAAUUACAGCUAUACAUACAUACAUACAUACAUACAAAUUGUUGAGUUUAGCCUUCUGGUUUGCUCUGCUGCUGGUGCCCGCAGGUCGGUGGUUAUCUUUCUUGCUGAUUCAUGAUGUCUAAUUGUUCCAGGACCAAUAUAGCUAUGGCUUCCGAGCUUGUUAGUUCUGCGACAAGCGACAAACUUACUGAAGUGGACUGGACUAAAGACAUUGAGAUUUGUGAACUAGUUGCACGCGAUCACGGACAAGCUAAAGAUGUCAUAAAAGCUAUUAAAAAACGUCUUGGGAGCAAAAACGUCAACACUCAACUAUAUGCUGUAACAUUGCUGGAGAUGCUGAUGAAUAAUAUUGGGGAUCCUGUACAUAGGCAGGUGAUUGAAGCCGGGAUUCUGCCCAUCCUUGUGAAAAUAGUUAAGAAAAAGUCAGAUCAUCCUGUCAGGGAGAAGAUUUUCCUGCUAUUAGAUGCAGCUCAGACAUCUGUUGGCGGAGCUAAUGGAAGGUUUCCUCAAUAUUAUGCAUCAUACUAUGAAUUGGUGAAAGCAGGUGUGCAGUUUCCUCAGAGGCCGAAUGAAAUCCCAAGACCUCAUUCUACGACAAAUGUGAACAGGAAUAAUCCAUCUGACAAGGAAACUGCUCCUCCCGAAACUGAAAAGAAAUCACCACAAGCAGCAGCCAAGAGUGUGUCCGACUCGAGCAGUAUUCUUCAUAAAGCAGAAACUGCAUUGGAGGUAUUGAGGGAUGUCCUAAACACCGUCGAUGCUCAGGGAGCAAAGGAUGAGUUUACACUUGAUCUUGUUGAGCAAUGCUCAUUUCAGAAACAACGCGUAAUGCAUCUUGCAAUUACAUCUCGGGAUGAAAGAACUGUUUCACGAGCAGUUGAGCUUAACGAGAAGCUUGAAGUAGUGUUACGGAGACAUGACGAUCUUGUGGCUGGUAGGACAAUGUCUACAUCAAAUAACAUUAUCCAUGAGGAGGAGGAAGAGGAAGAGGCUGAACAACUCUUCAGACGGAUAAGAAAAGGAAAAGCUUGUAUCCGGCCUGAAGAUGAAGACAAUCACAUUGGAUUGAUGGGGCGGCCUAUUCCCGGGGAAAUGAUCCAUCGCCCACUCAUACGUCCAUUACCUGUGGAGCCAGAACCAACACGAGCACCGAAUAUGGAGGCCAGACACGAAACCAUUGGAUCAUUGGCUUUGGGGCUGAAUCCGGAACCUAAUACAGGCAAACCAACUGUUGCAAUCCCACCCCCACCUGCCAAACAUGUCGAGCGGGAGAAGUUCUUCCAGGAGAAUAAGGCUGAUGGUUCUACUCUCAACAGCCACUUGAGAAACCUCUCGUUGCACAGCCGGAAUGCUAGCAGUUCACGGAGUGGAAGCACAGACUUCAGCGACUGAGUCGAGGCAUCGAUUGGCUGCAUGUUUUUUGUGUUCGACGACAUAGAUUGCCCGCCAGUGUGUGCCUUGCUUAACUACUACUGCUCAUGAGUGACCAAGUUCUUCAACAUAUAUAUCUAUAUACAUAUAUAUAUGUAUGUAUGCACUUGUAUUUUGUGGCUGAGUAUGAAAGUUUAAAACCAGACUUUGAGGCUCAUAUAGUUAAAUGUUUAGCUUGAAUUGCCUGUAGAUUGUUACAUUACUGACCUUCUAUAUCUUUUUUUUAAGUAGCUAUAUACAUCUUCUUCCUCA